AUGAAGACAAAUACUGUUUUGGCGACUGUAUUGGCCCAGGCCGCGAGCGGACUAAGAGUUGAUUUCGGAAAUAAUGACUCGAAAAGUUACAGAUCACUAGACGAGCUCCAGAAGCAACGCGUCCGGGCCGCCUCUAGAAUCGCCACCGACCGCGAAUCGUUCAUCGCCAAUCUUCGCAAAAACAACUUUUUCGCCGUUCCCGAAUUCGAAAUCACAAAAAUCGUAGACUUGAAUGUCGACCUUCGCGAUGUGCGACCAAACGACAUUGAUGUUGAUUUUCUGAAAAUGAAUCGCGGCUUUGUUACUACUGAGAGCAAUCAGCCAAUCACUUCCGUAAUCAAAAUCGAAAAUGAAGCUCUCUCAAUCGCUCCCUCUGUUGAUGUUCAGUGCUCUGCAAAAACCAUCUGCGUCGAGUUCACCAAGUCCUAUCUCGCCCAACACUGGCACGAGGACAAAUGGUGGGGUCUCCACUUCAGCCAGCUCUGCAACGAGCUCCAUGUUUAUGAAGACGCGACGACGUUUAAAAUGUGUCUUGGGGAUGAAAACACUUCGGAUUUUCUCAACUGCGGGACGAACCUGAACACCAAUGCGACCCAUGCUGUUUUCUCCAACCACGUGACUCACUUCUUCCCCGAUCGAUCGAGCACAGCUGGAUUGGAAGUCGGUACUUUUGGAACGCAGAAGAUUUUUGAGUGGAAAUGCACCUACCCGCUUCAGAUGGUUCAUAGUUCCGAAGUGCGCCAAUGGACGAAAAUGAAAACAGCGACAAAUAAUCAUCUUCUUCUGAAAUGA